GAAUUAGGAUAUACGAUUGGCAUGAAGCAAAGACUAUCAACUUGUGAACAUUUCCCUGAAUUAUUUCGUGCAAUUUCAAUUUUCACACUUACAAAAUGUAGUGAUUUAUAAGAAGAUAUGAGUGAAGACAUUGAUGAUGAUGAGCGAAAGCCUUUGUUGUCGAGCAAUCAGAACAAUGAUGAUGAAGAAGUUUGUGGAAAAAACAGUCUUUCAGUGUCACAAAGACGACUUCUCGACUCGCGAACGAGACAACGGGAGACCACCGGAAUGCAAGCCGGAGAUUCGGGGGAACUGAAACGCCGGGGUUCGUUAGUCAGCAAGAGGUCAGAUUCCUGUUCUUCUGCAAUGGACGCCGUACCUAACCAUUCUCUUCAACCGGCAAAAGUGAAUAUCUUCACCAUCUUCUGGGCUUAUUGGAAGACCAUUUUAUUAAUAGCUACUCCCUUAUUAUGUCUUCCUCUGAUCAUAGUUAUUGGAGAUGGGCCAUCGAAGGGUGCCUUUGUCAUUAUCAUCAUGGCGGUCUACUGGAUAUUUGAGGUCCUACCCCUAGCUGUGACCUCCCUCCUUCCAGUCAUCCUCUAUCCGCUGCUUGGGGUCCAGGACUCAGAUGAUGUCUGCAGGAACUACUUGAAGGAUACUAACUUCUUGUUUGUUGGUGGGUUAAUCAUGGCAGUAGCUGUUGAACAUUGGAUGGUUCAUCGCAGGUUUGCCCUUGGUGUUCUACUCCUGAUGGGAUCAAAGCUCAGAUGGUUGAUGCUUGGGUUCAUGUUAGUGACAGCAUUCUUGUCUAUGUGGAUUAGUAAUACUGCUACCACAGCCAUGAUGGUACCUAUUGCUCAGUCUGUAGUAAUGCAACUCUUAGAUCAAAGGAAAGAUAUCAAGAGAAAGAGGGAAGCUGAAGCCGCUGCAAUGAAUCCUGAUGACCUUAGCAAUGAAAAAGGAAUGCAGGUCGGGGAGACUGCAUUCAACGGGCAUAUCAACUCUGCUAUGGAUAUGAGUGAAGAAAAAUAUAAUGAAAAAGAGCUUAUUGAAGGUGAUGUGCAAUCAACAGAUGUAGAUAAAGAGGCUGAAACCAAAGAUAAUGAAUCCAAUGAUGAAAUUGACUAUGAUGCUAUGCCUGAUGCAGACAGGAAACUGUGUAAGGGGUUGUUGCUGUGCGUAGCGUAUGCAGCUAACAUAGGAGGCACAGCUACCUUGACAGGAACAGGACCUAAUGUGGUCCUGGGAGGCGUCGUAGAUGAGUUGUAUGGGGAUGAAGCAGGUGUAACAUUUGCCAGUUGGUUGUUGUUUUCUAUUCCUGGGACCGUAAUCAAUCUUGUGUUCUGCUGGCUAUGGCUCCAAGUCAUCUUCAUUGGAUUCAGACCUAAUGCUGGUUCCACUGAAGAAAAUACUAAGGAGGAAGAGAAGGCUGCUAGACAGGUUAUUAAACAAGAAUAUAAAAAACUUGGACCAUGGACAUGGGGUCAAAUAGCAGUGCUCUGCCACUUCAUUGUUUUGGCCAUGCUGUGGUUGUUUAGAAACCCAACAUUUAUCCCUGGUUUCGCUGGCUGGUCUGGCCUCUUCCCAGUUCCAGGAUAUAUCUCUGAUGCCACAGCAGCUAUCAUCAUUGCAAUUUUACUCUUCAUCUUUCCGGCCUAUCCUCCUUGGUUCUUAAGAAUCUUCAAGAUUUUUAGACAAGAAGAUGAUGAGAAACCCAAGUCUCGUAGCGCUCUCUUAGACUGGAAGACAACUCAGAGGAUGUUGCCAUGGAAUGUGAUCCUUCUGCUUGGAGGAGGCUUUGCUCUCGCUGAUGGCACCGAGGCAUCUGGUCUCUCUCAAUGGUUGGCAGACCAAUUCAAGGUGUUAGAUUUCUUGCCAUCUUGGGUCUUUGUCAUUAUCAUUACUGUCAUCAUCUGCUUCUUCACAGAGUUCACUAGCAACGUUGCAACUGCAACAAUCUUCCUGCCUAUUCUUGCUGCUUUGGCUGAGAGUAUCUGCAUCAACCCUCUAUACAUCAUGUUACCAGCCACUAUCUCAUGUUCCUAUGCAUUCAUGUUACCUGUAGCCACACCUCCUAAUGCCAUUGCUUUCUCCUAUGGCUCCCUCGCUGUUCCAGAUAUGAUGAGAGCUGGUUCCUUGAUGAAUGUGAUUGGUAUCAUUGUAGUCAACCUUCUAAUCAACUCCAUGGGUAUACUGGUCUUUGAUGUCUUCAACUACCCAACAUGGGCUGAUAACACUGCUGGUUGCCUUGCAAACACUACCACACCCACAGCUUGAUACACCACACCCACAGCACAGUCAUCCCUCACUGAAUAAAGCCACAUAUCCAUGAUUUACCAAAUGGCUAGGAGGGGGUGCUUUUUCUUUAAACAUAUGUUUUUACAUGUAGAAGAUAUGAAGAGUUUCCCCAAUAAUCAAACAAGCAAAAAACGCCAAAAUGAUAAGA